AAACGUAAAAAUCAGGGAGUAAGUUUUGCAGUUUUUGUAAAAGCUUUGUCGGUCAAGCUGAACGCCGUGAAGCUCGCCAGUCUAGAGAUUCCCAAGCUUGAAUGUACCUUCCAAUGCGUGCGCAACCACGAGUGCUUUUCGGUAAAUGUUGCUGCUUCUACUGCUAAGAAACAGGUCUGUGAGUUGCUGGGAACAGAUAAGUUUAGACAUUCCAACAGCCUUAUUCAGGACCCUGAAUUUGAGCAUUACUACAUAAAGGUGAGAAAAUCUUAUCAUCCUUGUUUUUGUGCGUUAAGUUUGUUCACGAUGAGUUAAAUCCUUGCGCAAUUUACAAGCGCACUCAAAAAAUGUUUAAUUUAUCCUUUUUAAAGAAUUUUAUUCCUGGAGGGCUCAUUAUUUCUGAGCAAAAAAAUCCGGAAUUAAUUAUGCUUUGUGAUUUCUUCUUUAGACUCCGUGCAUGGGAAAUCCAUGCAAAAACGGGGGCUCUUGCCUCCCGAUCUACGAUCGUGAUGAAUACGAGUGUGUUUGUCUUCCAGGAUAUACUGGACAGCACUGCAAUGGUAAGCCUCGGUUGCCUUACGUCUCAAAUCCUUUGCAACCAGUCCCGCCACAAUUGUGUCAACUUGUGUCACGUUUGGAAGUUGGUUAAAAAUCUGACCCAAAAAUGACAAACCAAACCAAGGCUCUGAAACAAUUCUAACAUGAACCAUGAACUCACUCUUUUGCUGGUAGAAGUAUUUGAUGAUGACUAAAGUGCACAGGAAUCAGUUUUCGUCGUUAAUAAGCCUGUUAUCCAUUUUUUUCUGCCGUUGCCAAUACGGUCCCUUUAAACAGUUACUUGGUGACCUCUUUAAAGUGUCGAUGCUUUCUUUUUUGUUUGGUUUUUUUUUUUUUUUUCAGUAAGCUUAAUAUUUAUCUCAUCUCUAAAUUCUAGACCUUUAUUUUUAUACAGUCUCUUUAAGAUGGACACGUGAUGCAUAACUAUUCUCCGCAGAGGCUCUUGCUGGGAAAGAAUGAAUGACGUAUAAAGCGCGUGGUGGCCAAUGGGAGGAGGGAAAAGGCUCUAUCCCCUUUCCAUCGUCCUCAACGCGCUUUCUUUUCCCCUCUUCUCAGCCUCCCUACGACGCAAAGAGGCCUCUGAAUAAAAUAAAAAGCCGCGAGAAAAGAGUUAUCCUAUUAUUUUUUUCAUUUUUUUUUCAGGCCCCUGGAAGAAGAUGACAACUCCUCCAGUUUGUUUCGGAGCAUCAGCCAACUCUUUUGGACGCUUUGUAACUCCAGUCGCAGGUGAUUUGAUAACAUUCAAGCUUAUACAUCAAAGUGGAUCUGUAGAGUGCGCAGCAGGUUGGCCAUCACACUGGGGUUGCACUCAUUCGAAUCUACCUCCAGAUCGCCGACUGGGAACCGUCAUAACCAAUUCCCAGGGUGUGCGACUUCUUCCAAAAGAUGACUAUUUUCUGGAAGGAUUACUUCACUGUAACAAACACUAUUACAGCCUUCCAGGUCAAACUGCUGACUCACCAGAGCUGCUGUUUGAUAAUUUUUCCACUCCUUUGCAUGUAUCAGUAGGGGACGAAUUCCAGAUAUGGUUCACAGAAGAUUUAUAUAAAUGUGGACAUGAAGAUAAUGGGUCGGGAAAGACUUGUUUUAAUAUUUGG